AUGUCUCAAUAAUAGCAGAAUUUAUCAAGUUUUUUAGAACAUAAUUUGGAUCCCAUAACAAGUAGAUAUAUAAUGGGUAAGUACUUAAUGAUGGAUGGAGGAGAGCAAUCUCUAGAUUUAAGACAUAUGUGUGAUAAUGUAAAAUUGGAAAUGCAAUUAAUCGAAAAAGAAGCUGCAUAUGACUAUUUAAAAGUAUCUAUUAGGGCAAUAAAAUAAGGUUGAAAAAGAGAUGUAUGAAUUGGAUAAUGAAAUUGAGAAGAGUGAUGCAAUUUUAGGAGAAUUAGAGAAUGUUUUACUUAAUUUCAAGGAUUAUUUGAAUGAUAUUAAAUCUGAGAUGACAUAAUUGCAAGAGAGAAGUGUCAAAAUGAAUACAUCUUUAACAAAUAGAAAAGCAUUAUCAUAGAUAUUAUCUAGUUUUGUUGAUUAAGCUGUAUUAGAUCCAUCUUUAAUUGAUAAUAUAUNA